AUGGGCAACGACGAGUUUGGGCAUCGGUUAAAGCCACCAUAGGGACGUCGUCACUCUCAGGUGGCGCUGCCCCAGAGAAAGUAGUAGUGUUGAGUUUUUCUCGUUUGCAACAAUGGUGGUUAACGGGUGCUUUUACUUUCCAGUGGUUACGGGAUAUUAAAGGCAGUACAUUAAGUUAGUUGCUGAUGUGUAUAAGUUGUACACAUGUCCGAAUUUUAUUGGACCGUAGUACCAAUUAGCAAUGCCAGCUAGUACUACAGUAGUAUUGAAUAAUUUCUGGUGUUUCUGGUCUGACUUUAUUCUUACCUAAUAUGAAAUAUUAGGUCAACCAAGCUACCUGCACUAGGGUUGUCAAUGUCAGGAGGGUUUUCCCAUCCCAAUCAAGGUACCUGCAUGAAAAAGGGAAAAAAACUUUCCCUUUCCUCUUUGUUAGAGAGGCCAUAAGCCAACUUUCUUUUCCUAGUAUGACGAGAUUUCCUAAAACGAGAAAAAAAAAAAUAUAGAAAAUAUUUCUCUCCUCCUUUUCCUGCAUCGACAAGGUGGCACCUUUAUAGGCUAAAAAUCAAUCCCAAGUCUCUCAACCUUUGCAACUCAAAGCACUCAAACCCUCCAACUUCCAAAGCGAAAACAAAAACUCUCCCAAACCCAAGUUCCUCUUGCUCAUAUCCAUGGCCUCCUUCCUCUUCCUCCCUCUCCUCUCCCUCACGCUCUUCCUCUCUCUCACCUCCGCCGCCCGCAACCUUCAACCUCGCAGGCACGUCACCGUCACCGUCCCUCUGAUCCAGCAAGUCUGCCAAGCCACGCGAUUUCCCGACACUUGUCAGGACUCCUUAGCCGAGCUCGUCACUGACCCAAACACCACCCCAAUUCAAGCCAUCCAAUCCGUCAUCCAGGUCUCCACCGAUGGCCUCCACACGGCGCAGAAGAUGGUGAAGGCUAUCCUAGACUCGUCCGCAGGCAACCAAAACCGCACCACCGCUGCUAACAAUUGCCUCGACGACCUCGGGAACUCCCGGUACCGCAUUUCUCUCACCGCCGACGGCCUGUCACGUGGAAGCAUUAAAAACGCACGUGCCUCGAUGAGCGCCGCGCUGCUCUACCAAUACAGCUGCUGGUCGGACCUCAAGUACGCCAAUGACACCCAGAUGGUCAACGAGACCAUGUCGUUUCUCGACUCGCUGGUCGGAAAGUCCAGAAACGCCCUCAGCAUGAUGUUCUCGUACGACAACUUCGGAAACGACACCAAGUUGUGGGCCGCGCCUAAGACCGAGCGCGACGGGUUCUGGGAGCGGGUCGAGGGCAGAGGGUCAGGCCAGGGGGUUCGGGGCGGAGUGCCGUCGAAUUUAAGGGCGGAAGUGACGGUGUGCAAGGAUAAGUCUGAGAAAUGCUACAGGACGGUUCAGAGUGCCGUGAACGCCGCACCGAAUAACGCGGGAGAGAAGAAGUUCGUGAUCCGCAUAAAGGCUGGGGUGUACGACGAGAUCGUGAGGGUGCCCUUAGAGAAGCGGAACGUGGUGUUUUUGGGUGACGGGAUUGGCAAAACGGUAAUUACAGGGUCAUUGAAUGUGGGCAUGCCCGGAAUCUCCACGUACAAUUCUGCCACAGUCGGUGUUCUUGGAGAUGGGUUCAUGGCCAGUGGUCUCACAAUCCAGAACACAGCAGGUCCUGAUGUCCACCAAGCAGUAGCCUUUAGAUCAGACAGUGAUCUCUCUGUGAUUGAGAACUGUGAAUUCUUAGGCAACCAGGACACUCUCUACGCACACGGCAACCGCCAGUUCUACAAAUCAUGCAACAUCCAAGGCAACGUCGAUUUCAUCUUCGGAAACUCAGCUGCGGUUUUCCAAGACUGCAACAUCCUCAUCCGCCCUCGACAACUAAACCCCGAGAACGGCGAAAGUAGCACCGUCACAGCUCACGGCAGAACAGACCCUGCACAAUCAACUGGUUUCGUAUUUCAGAACUGCUUGAUCAAUGGCACCGAAGAGUUCAUGAAGCUGUAUCAAAACAACCCCGAAGUGCACAAGAGCUACUUGGGGAGGCCAUGGAGGGAGUAUUCAAGGACAGUUUUUAUUAACUGUACCAUGGAAGCUCUUCUUUCCCCAGAUGGGUGGAUGACUUGGAGUGAGGAUUUUGCUUUGAGCACCCUUUUUUAUGGGGAGUUUGGUAAUUCUGGAGCUGGUUCUGAUUUUUCCAAGAGAGUGCCCUUUAGUAGCAAGAUCCCAUCUGAGCAUGUUAAUGCAUAUUCUGUGCACAAUUUUAUUCAAGGAAAUGAGUGGAUUUCAACAUGAAAAUUUGUAGGGAUUUUGAAAUCCGUUAUUAAUAAUAGCAAAUAUUAAUUAGUGAA